UGCAUCGGUAGUGUAGUUGUAUUGUUUUUGUUUUUAAUCGCAAUAUUACAUUUGGUGUUUUUUUCUUUUCGUAAUUUGCGAUUUCUUUUACGCAUUAAUCAAACGUUUGUAAUUUAAUAAACGAACGUAUACUUUUCUGCUUGAUUAUCUGCUCCGUUGUUAUCAAUUCUUUAAAUGAUUUUUACCAACUUCGACAAAUAUAACCUAAAAUUUUGUCAAGCCUCAGUGACAUAACCUAUUAAAAAGAUCAACAUUCCAUCGUUAACGCGUCAACAGAUUACUUUUAACAUUGAAUUCUCACUAAUUAGAGUGUACGAGGAGACCUUGAACAUGAUCGAAUAAUUAAAUGCUCUUGUUAAGCAAGGUGCUCAUCAACUUGACACUACUUGCUGUGAUCCUCGUUCUGUUCUACUGCUAUCAGACGUCAAAUGGUAUACGCUGGACGCAUAACGAUAAGGAGAAUGCUUCGACCACCAAGUCGAGAAGCUUCGGCCAGGACGUUACGACCGUGUCCCUGCCAAGUGGCAACGAUUACUACAAUGUCUGGUGUAUAUUCACCAAAGUUGCCAGCAACUCUCCGAUGAAACGAAAGUUUGAGAUCUUCGCUGAAUCUUUGCUUAAGUUGUCUUCUGUUGACAUCGCAUUCCACGUUAUAACCGACGAUGACAGCAAAAACGUUGCAGAGAAAUUAUUGGGCAAUAUCUUAUUAUCCACAGGGAAAUUCAUGAAGGUGCAAUAUUAUGACGUGCAUGAACUAGCACUGCAACUGGCAGACAUUGUGUCAGUCAUGUCUCCGCACUUUAGCAGCAAGCCAGGAACUUACUACUCGGAUGCGUUGUUUUUCUUGUCAUUGGGUCUGCAUCGGAUAGCCCCGGUCGAGCAAAGUGUUGCGGCAAUGUUCGACGCAGACACCAAAUUUCGCAGAGACAUCAGGGAGCUUUUUGACGAGUUUAACAGCUUUGGAAGCCAAGCCUUGUUUGGCCUUUCUCCUGAACUCACUCCGGUUUAUAGACACGUUUUGUAUUUGUAUCGCAACAAGCAUCCCGACACGUUAUUCGGAGAGCCCGCUAGUUCAGGCGGUUAUUCUGGAUACAACAGCGGGGUGGUACUUUUUAAUCUCGAUAAAUUAAGGAACUCGUCUGUUUACGAUUCGAUCAUGAAGAAAGAAAAAAUUGACGCAAUGACAGAGAAAUAUCACUUCAAGGGUCACUUGGGAGAUCAGGAUUUUUAUACCCUCUUAGGGAUGGAAAAACCAGAGUUAAUUCACACUAUUGACUGUGGAUGGAACAGGCAGCUGUGUACGUGGUGGAGGGACCGUGGAUAUGCAGACGUAUUUGGAAAUUAUUCUAAGUGCGAUUCAGAAACAAAGUUGUGGCACGGGAAUUGCAACACUCCCAUACCUGAUGAUUAAUCGUGUAAAAUCAAGGGCACAGUUAUUAUAAUUACUGUUAGUGCAAUUGCAGAGAUUUAAAAGUAGUACCUGUUGCUAUUUGAACAUGUUAUCAAUUCUGGAAUCUGUGAUUCUUCGGUGGCAAUAUAUAUCUCAUCACGGUGGCAAUAUUAAUAAGAAAAAGGAAAAAAAAAAUUACAUUAGUUGCAUUAAGAUUUUUCUGUAGGUAUUAGCUUUGUACGUUAUAUAUUUUAAAUAUUAUCGUUAUAUCAUUAAAAAUAAUUAAAAGUAUUAUUUUUUGACUUUAUACCAAUUGACAUUUAUAAACGCGAGGUUGGUGCUAUUUUUCUAAUUGUAAGUAUAGACGUGAAAAAUUGAACAAUGAUGAAGCAAUCCAAUUUCUACUAUUGUAUUUUCCUCAAGAAUAAAGUAUUUAUAUGAAUUUUAUACUUUCUAUUUGUUCAGAAGUUCUUCUUGAAAUAUUUUGUUAAAUAAAAAUCAGCAAUUCUUUUUUCUUUAUUUUUAAUGGAACUAAAUAACAACAUAUAUAAAUAGAAGUGUCGCUGUAAUAUAUUUUUACGCAAAGAAAAUAAUAUUAAAUACAGUAUUAACACAUUAUAUGGUAUUUACAGUACAGAAUACACUCAUCCAUGGUGUGACUACCCCAUCUGCCAUAAAAAUAUUUGUCUAUAAUGAUCAUAAUCCAUAAAACAAAUAUACAUCAUAUCAGAUUUGUUAAUUAACCAUAGUCUUUUAAUUGACUUUUUUUUACAAUAACACUGUUAAUAUUGUAUUAACAAACUCAAUGUGUUUUUUCCGCAUGAUUGCUAAAAUUUCGCUACAAACCAAAAACUUUUCUUGUUUUUAACCAAAAGCAAAAAAAAAAGUGAAAAUCAAUUAUUAAACAAAUUCUUCGUUGUUUUCUACGAACACAUGUUAGAAUGUUCUUUGAAUUUCGUUAAUACAAACUCAUUGAUGAAUACAAACUCAUCAUUAAUAUGAUUUUCAAUCUAUACAACUGACCAGAUUUUUCUUCCUUUCUCUCCCUCCCACUCUUUUUUUCUCUCAAAAAAAAAAAAAGAAAAAGAACCGAAAAAAAAAAAUUAUCUUUCAUAGUUAAGUUAAACACACACCUUAACAACAUCUAAAUUCGUUGUACAGUACGUAAAAUAAAAGAUGUCACCUUUGGUCCCAGUGAUAGAAACUUAAUGUUAAUCGUAAAGAAUAGGAAAUGUUAGUCAACACUGACUCAAUCACUCAGACCUAAUCUGUAUAUUCUCAACUCUUUUUUUCUUUCAUUUUAGGCUAGAUUAGGAUCGAGUGACUGAUUGAAGAAUAAAAGAA